AGAAUAUAAGCCCUGGGUGAAUUGUGAAUGUCAUUUCUGUACUGAAGAGGAUCCCAAGCAGCUCGAAUCAGAAUGAACGUUACCUUUGUCUUCGUGGUGGCUUGCCUCGUGGCCUUUACCUUGGCUACACCUCGUGACGCGAGGAAGAACGAUAGAAAACAGGACCGACAGUCACAACAGUCCAAGGCAUCACCUCAGAAGAGGGACGCUUUAACCUUCCUCGAUUCUGACACGACUUACGGUUCUUCUUCCGUUACUGGUUACGAAGAUCAAGGUUAUUAUAACCAGUAUGACUACGGGUUGGGAUGGCUUGAGUACUACAACAAAGAUGAGGAGCAACAGGAAGCCAAGCAGGAGACGCAGCAGAGACGCCGUCGUCGUAGAAGGGCAGUUCCCGUUGUCAGACGAGUACAGUAGACAUGGAGCUGUAACACAACUGUAAUGUUCUGCAAUAAAAUUAUCUUAGUCAAC